UAAUAAAUUGACAGUUGACAUAUAUUUCAAAUCCAAGAAAUAAUAAACAACGUUUCGGCGGUUUUUAAGAGGUCGUAAUUAUUUUUUUAUUUAGUUGCUUUUGUUAUCCUCUCACUAUAAAUUUAGAUCAUUAUUGCGCGUACGAAGUCAGUAGCUGUACGUCUAUCACACUAUGUUCAGCCAAUUGGGCAGCGGGUCUGCUAACCCUAACAAGGAUUUGGAAGUGUCGUCACCGCCCGAGGAUACUAUAUCAGCGUUGGAAUUCUCGCCACCUUCGGUGCAGCAGACGUUCCUCGUCGCCGGUAGUUGGGAUUGCCAGGUACGAUGCUGGGAAGUGGAGGCGUCAGGCAAGACGGUGCCGAGGGCGGCGCAGGGCAUGGACGGACCCAUUCUGGACGUCGCCUGGCACGACGAUGGCUCCAAGGUGUUCAUGGCAUCUACCGACAAGAGUGUCAAGUGUUGGGACCUUGCUGCCAACCAGACCAUACAGGUGGCGGCACACGACGCGCCUGUGAAGACGUGCCACUGGAUCAAGGCACCCAACUAUACAUGUCUCAUGACUGCCUCAUGGGACAAAACACUUAAGUUUUGGGAUACUCGCAGUGCCGUGCCGAACUUGACUAUUAACCUGUCUGAGAGAUGCUACUGUGCAGAUGUUGAUUACCCAAUGGCGGUGGUCGGAACAGCAGACCGAGGCAUAUGCCUGUACACACUGGAAGGCAAGCCAGCAGAGUUCAAACGAAUUGAGUCACCUCUUAAACACCAGUUGCGAUGUAUAGCCAUCUUUAAGGAUAAGAAGACGAAACAACCAACGGGCUUUGCACUGGGCAGCGUCGAGGGCCGCGUCGCGAUCCAGUAUGUGAACACCGCCAACCCAAAGGACAACUUCACGUUCAAGUGCCACCGGUCGGCAGGCACCACCGGUGGUUAUCAGGACAUCUAUGCAGUAAACGACAUUGCAUUCCACCCCAUGCACGGGACAUUGGCCACAGUGGGCUCGGAUGGUUCCUUCUCGUUCUGGGACAAGGAUGCACGCACAAAGCUCAAAAGCACCGAGUCCUUAGACCAGCCUCUCACUAAAUGCGCUUUCAAUCAUAAUGGACAGAUAUUUGCAUAUGCAGUGGGUUAUGAUUGGUCAAAGGGUCAUGAGCACUUUAACCCAGGAAAGAAAAACUACAUCUACUUGAGAGCAUGCUACGAGGAACUAAAACCAAGACCAACAUGAAUUGUGUUCAGCAUGAGUGUUGAAUGCUAGUAUUGUGUAUGCUUUGGAUAACUGUGCAUAUUAGCACAAUUCGUCCUGUUGCCAGAAACAGUCUUUAUUUUAUACAUUACAGUGUUUGAGAAUAUUGUAUGUUAUUUUUUUAAACAAAACAUUUAUUUCAUGGUGCAUAAUAUUUAGUAAAACUUAGAAAUUAGGAGUUAAUGAUAUAUGCAUAUUCUGUUAAUGUCUGUAAAGAGGAAGCCAACAAAUAUAAAUCUAUAGGUGUGUGUUA